UGUUUAGGGUUUUCAGGAAACAUGGAAGCGGCUGUGGUAAUUGGGGACUAAGCCCCCUGGAGACGGUCUCCGGCUGCCCUGUGAGAGGAAAGGGGAGGAUGCCACUGGAAUCUUCUGGGACACCCCCGUUAUUCCCCUCCGUGCCUGACAGUGUUCCGGACCUCUCCCCGCCCCCAAUGUCUUACAUCACUUCCCAGGAGAUGAAGUGUGUUCUUCACUGGUUCACUAGCUGGUCAGGUCCUCAGCGCGAACGCUUCCUGCAGGACUUGGUUGCGAAGGCAGUGCCUGGGAAGAUACAGCUGCUGCUGGAAGGUCUGGAGCAACUCUGUGUGUCUGGAGCAAACCGGCCACCUUGUAUCUUUGAGUGCCAGCUACGGCUUUGGGAUCAGUGGUUUCGAGGCUGGGCGGAGGAGGAGCGCAAUGAAUUCAUAAGGCAGCUGGAAGCCAGUGAACCUGACUUCGUGGCCCAGUUUUACCAGGCAGUGGCUGCUACAGCUGGUAAGGACUGAGGGCCACAACAGUAACAGAAGAUGACUGUUGCUGAUGGAACUGAGUGACAGUUUUACCGUUGUCAUGUCCAAGCCAUGUCCAAGUCUGGCUGGCGGGGGUCCUCACCUGACUGAACUUGCUGACCGGGCUGGUGAUUUCAGUGUUAACAGGGCCAUCAGCAAGAUUCCUAGCAUAAACGUGUGCCACUAAAGCAACUCCAGAUAAACAACCUACCAGCCAACGCUGCUGCUUUUCAGAAGCUCUUGCCUCAAGAUUUUAGGGCGUCUGUUUCAACUAUAAUCAAAACGAACCUACACAUUGGGCCAGUGUGAUAGUACAGCGGGUAGGGCACUUGCUUUGCACAUGGCUGACCCGGGUUCAGUCCCCGACAUCCCAUAUGGUUCCAGGAAUAAUUCCUGAAUGCAGAGCCAGGAAUAACCCCUGAGCACUGCUGGGUGUGACCCAAAAAGCAAAUAAAUAAAUAAAAGCAACUUACACAUAAUUCAAACCUGCUGCAGCCCAGUGGGUAUAGUGUCCAUCUACUCAGGAAGUAGAAGUGAAGGGUCUCUGGGAUGGGGUGUUGGGAAGGGAAUGGGGGGACAGGAGCACUGCUCCCAGUAGUGCUUGGGGACCAUGUGGUGCAGGGGAUUGAACCCAGAGCUGCCUUGUGUAGAGCAUACCUCCAGGGAAAAGCCAUGUUCCUAGCGGUUUCACUGCAUCCAGAGGGCUGGUUUCAUCACCUGCCUGGAUUCUGUGGUAAUUAUAUAGCAUCCAACUCCUAGCUUUCCUAGUGAUGGAGUCUCCUAGGAUUAUGGAGACUCAAGAGAGGUAGCUACUACUAACUUCAGCCACAUUGUGUUUCAAUCCAAGUAGCAAUGAUCCCCUUAGCUCCCCCAAAGCCUAUAUGGGUACCCUUGGAACAGGUAGCUGUAUUCUGUAACUUUGCUUUAUACAAUGACAAGUAGCAAUUUGUUUUGGGUUAAAGGGUUUUAUUAAUUUUUUUUAAUUUUGUAUAAAAAUAAAGACUG